AUGCCGUUGACGAAAGGAGGCCACAAGAGGAAUCUCAGCAAUGGGACACCAGAUAACUCCCCACCGAGGCGAUCUAAACGACAGAGAUCUACUGUGAACCUCAAAGAAGCAUCUUCUGCUGAAGAAUCAGGUGAAGAGGGCGAUUUAUCAGACAACGCACCUGAAUCGGAGACUCUUGCGAAGUCCACGUCUUCAAAAGGAACCCGAACGAAGAAGACGCAGGUCGCUUUUUCUGUUAAGCAAGUACCUGUUGACAGCAAAGAAACGGACUCCAAAAUUGAAACAGGGAAUAAAGAAGGACGCAGCAUUGAGGUCAAGGCCGAAAUCAAAGCUGCCCCAACUACCCAGAAACCCAAGACCUCCAAGAGAGGGAAGAAGUCGAAGGAAGAAAAAGACGCCGAAGCAAUGCCGUUAGCACCAAGAACACAGGGUCUUCGUAUGUUCGUUGGGGCGCAUGUUAGUGCUGCAAAGGGCGUUUUCAACUCGAUUACCAACAGCACACACAUUGGAGGCAAUGCAUUUGCCUUGUUCCUGAAAUCACAGCGGAAAUGGGAGAACCCUCCUCUUCAGGAUGAGCACCGAGACCAGUUCCGCAAAAUGAGUGUCGAGCAUAACUAUGAUGCAGCCAAGCACGUCUUGCCCCAUGGCUCAUACCUCGUCAAUUUGGCGCAAAAUGACAAGGCCAAGGCCAAACAAGCAUACGAUGCUUUCCUAGACGACUUGCGCCGCUGUGAAGCUCUUGGAAUCCGACUGUAUAACUUUCACCCUGGAAGUACCAAUCAAACCCCACUCCCAGAGGCACUCUCCCGUCUCGCAGAUUCUCUAACCAAGGCAAUCUCGGAAACCUCGACGGUUAUUCCUGUUCUGGAAACAAUGUGUGGCCACGGAAAUACAAUUGGUGGCUCACUCUCCGAAUUUCGUGACCUAUUAGCACUAAUCCCCAAAGAGCAUCACUCUCGAAUUGGUAUUUGCAUUGAUACCUGCCACAGCUUCGCAGCAGGGUAUGACUUGGUCUCACCAGAAGGCUUCAAGGCUUUUCUUACCGAGUUUGACGAAUUAAUUGGCCUGGAAUUCCUACGUGCCCUGCAUCUGAACGAUUCAAAGGCUCCACGAGGUAGUAAACGCGACUUACAUGCCAACAUCGGUACCGGGUUCCUUGGCCUACGUGCCUUUCACAACGUCAUGAACGAACCACGCUUUGAGGGCUUGCCCAUGGUUCUAGAGACGCCAAUUGAUCGCGUCCCUGGUCAAUCGGGAUCCUCGGCAGUGGAUAAUGAUGAUGAUGGGGACUCGUGCGCCAGCGAGUCUGAGAAGAAAAAGCCGAAGAAGGGCUCAAAACGUCCUGCAAAAGCCUCCCCUGCCACCGUUCCUGAUCACGGUGUGUGGGCUCGUGAGAUCAAGUUGUUGGAGUCGCUUAUUGGAAUGGAUCCCGAUGGAGAGGAGUUCCGUGAACUUGAGGCUAAACUAUCGGAGGAGGGUCGCGCGAUGCGCGAGAAGCAGCAGGAACAGUACGAGCGUAAGCUCGAGGCUGACAAGAAGAAAGAGGCAAAGGGAAAUGCGAAGGCUCAGAAGAGUCUUAUGGACAUGAUGAAGAAGAAGAAGAACAAGGAUUAA